AUGAUUGAGAAAAGAAUCCAUCGUCUGAAAUAUAAAGCAUUUUACAAAAUUAUUCAAAAUGAGAGUGAACACGUUCAAACAAUCACGUUUGACUGUCAAAAAAACCAGGAUUUACCAAAAUUGCCUGACCAGGCAGCAUAUUAUAGCCGGCAAUUUAGCUUUUAUAAUUUUUCUAUAGUAUUGGGUAAUUCAAAGGCGAAACUUACGAAAGAAAAUGUACGAUCAUACUAUUGGGAUGAAACUACGCAUGCUAAGGGAAGUAAUGAAAUCAUAAGCGCAGUCUAUAAUUUCUUACAGCAACUAACAUUAAAUGAAGAAGACAAGAUUUUGAGAGUAAUUUCUGAUGGGUGUUCCGGUCAGAAUAAAAACACCGGGAUGAUUGCUAUGCUAGGAAAGUGGCUUUACUCAAAUGCUCCAAGACAUGUCAAAAAAGUGGAAUUAAUAUUCCCUGUCGUCGGCCGCUCAUUUAUUCCUUCUCAUCGGGUUUUCGCGAAAAUUGAGAAGACUCUUAAGACUCAGGUCAUAACUUCACCUUUAAAUUACGUAUCUGUAUUGGAAGAAAAUGCGACGUGCAUAAGUCUCGCAUCAAUUCCAGUUUACGACUGGAAAAAGGUUAUGAAACAAUAAUAAAACCAACAACCAGUUGGCAUUUUCCAUUCAUGAAAAGUUAACGAUUUUUUUUUGACCAGGACAAAGACAAACAAUAUUUUGGUACAAGGCGAGAUACAUUACAAUAGUGAAAUUAAUGAAAAGAAAGUAAUUACAAGAAAAAAUAAAAAAAUUACUAUGAUACAACCUGGGCUGAUUGAACCAAACAAAAUUUUACCGAAACGAGCCAAACUACAAGACGUUGUUAAGUUGUUGAAGAACCAAUUCGACGACAACUGGGUGGAAAUUGAUACGUUAAACUAUUACAAAUCCAUUCUAGAGAGAGCUCAGACACAGGACGAUGACAUUAUGUACGAGGAUGAUGGAGAUUCAGAAGAUGCAUAUGAUCUGUGUACGAGUGGAUUUGGGGAAAUUGGUUCGGUGUAA